AUGCAAUCGUUGUGUGGGAGAGUUCGAUUGGUUGCUAGGCACACUUUCAGCACCUCAAAGGUUGUUGAUUUUAAUUUAACUAGGGCAAUUCUGAUAAGCAGUGGUCGUGGAUUGAGCUCCUUGGAAUCGAAUUUUUUUGCUUCGAAUGGAGUGGCAGCUGCUAACAACUUCUAUGGGUAUUCGACGAGUUAUUUGGCGGAAUACUUGUCACCGUUACUCCCCAAGUUUGCUUCUUGCUCGGGAUUGGCAUUG